AUGGGCCACGGAAAGUCGGACCGCCUCUACGUCACCCAGGCAGAACACUCCGGCAUCUACGGCCAGCAUGGCGCAUCCACCGGCAAGCACCAAAAGCAAGAGGGCGACAACUAUCAGCCCCUCCCCUUUGACUGCUGCGCCAUCAGCCUGCAGCCCUGGUCCAACCCCGUAUGCUCAAAGGACGACGGCACCGUCUUUGAACUGACCAACGUCAUCCCCUUUAUCAAAAAGUACCGCGUCAACCCGGCCACCGGCCAGCCCCUCGACCUCGACCACCUCGUCACGCUCCACUUUGCAAAGAACGAGCGCGGGCGCUACCACGACCCCGUCUCGUACAAGGAGUACGGCGAGCACACCCACAUCGUCGCCCUCGCCCCCUCGGGCAACGUCUUUAGCCACGACACGGUCCAGCAGCUCAACCUCAAGGCCAAGUUCAUGCGCGACCUCCUCACCGACCAGCCUUUUACAAAGGCCGACAUCAUCACCCUCCAGGACCCGCACAACGCAGAGCAAAAGGACGUCAGCAAGCUCCACCACGUCAAAAAGAACCUCGUCGUCACCGAGGCCGACCGCGGCAUCGACACCACCGAGGAGGUCAACCUCGCCGCCACGGGCAGCGCCGGCGCCCUCCUCGCCAAGUUGCGAGCGCAGAAGAACAAGGAGGCAGACGCGUCGACGUCGUCGUCGUCGUCGGCGCCGAAAGCCAAGUCCGCCACGGCCCCCGCCGCAGCAUCAUCGCUACCACAAUCGACAACAGCACCACCGACGACGACGGGCGACACGGCGCUGUCGCGCACCAAGGGCAAGCAGCCGUACAACGCCACGUCGGCCUCGACGGGCAUGACGGCGGCGAGCUUCACCAGCACGGCGCUGACGCCGCGCACGCGCACCGAGCGCAUCGUCGUCGACGAGGAGGAGCACAUGUUUGAGCAGUUCCGGCAGCGCAAGUCGCGCGCCGACAAGGCCUACGUGCGGCUGCACACCAACUUUGGGCCGCUCAACCUCGAGCUGCACUGCGACCGCGCGCCCAAGACGUGCUACAACUUCCUCGAGCUGUGCCGGCGCGGCAAGUACGACGACACGGCCUUCCACCGCAACAUCCCCGGCUUCAUGAUCCAGGGCGGCGACCCGACGGGCACGGGCAGCGGGGGCAGCUCGAUCUGGGGCCGCGAUUUCGGCGACGAGUACGACUAUCCGUCGGCGCUCAAGCACACGUCGCGCGGCACGCUCUCGAUGGCCAACCGGGGUCCGGGGACGAAUAGCUCGCAGUUUUUCCUCACCUACCGCGCCACGCCGCACCUGGAUCGCAAGCACACCGUGUUUGGGCGCCUGGUCGACGGCGAGGGGGACAAGACGCUCGACGCGCUCGAGUCGGUCCCCACGCAGAAGGGCACCGACCGGCCGCUGCGCACGAUCCGGAUCCUCGAGACGACCAUCACCGAGGACCCGUUUGAAAAGUACAAGGCGCAGCUCGAGCGCAGGCUCAAGCGCGAGGAUCCCACCAGCGUCGAGGCGGUCAGGAGGGAGGAGAAGAGGAGGAGGAGGGACGAGGACCGCACCACGUGGCUCGGCACCGAGCUCGCACCCAAGGGCGGUGGCACGUCGUCGUCGUCGUCGUCGUCGGCGGCGGCGGCGGCCCGCGGCAACGGCAACGGCAUCGGAGGAGGAGGAGUAGGCAAGUACCUCGCCACGUCGUCGUUGUCGUCGAGACCGACAUCCGGUGCUCCAGCGGCGGUGGCGGCGCCAAAGGGGCAACCAUUCGAGGUCGGCAGCGGUAUCGUCGACAAGGCCAAGGCGAAAAAGGGCGGUGGCGGUGGCGGCUUUGGCGACUUUUCGUCGUGGUAG